AAAUAUUUAUGUGCUAUACCUCGAAAUUUCUGUGCUGAAAUACUUAAUUCAUUCUUACUCAUGGCAGAGACAACCAACGUUGGUUGUCUCUGCUCAUGGCUUCGAAAUUAGCUUGUGUACUACCUAAUAACUGGAGUUAUGAAAUUAGAAGAAAAAUUGUGCGGGUUAAAGUAUAAAUGAUUAAAAAGGCAAGCCUAAUAGCAGUUUGGGCUUGUAGGUAAUUGUAGAAUAGAUGGAGGACACCAUUGAAAACAAUGGAAUUAAAUCGCGGGCUCGCUCCAAUUCUGCUAGGGUUUUAGUUUUUGAUGAACCCCGGGCUUAUUUAGAGCAAAAACAGCGAUGCAGUGUUGGUCCUGUACACCAAGAAUCUCUUGGCACAAAGAGAAACCAAACAGAUCUUCAAAAUGCUUCUUCAAACUUGGUGAAAUUUCAUAAUUCUACACUUGGAAAGUCUGCUCCAUCCCUGUCUGUGAACAUGAAAGACAUUAAUGUAAACCGAAGAAACAGCCGCCCUGCUAUUAAUAGAUUAAGUCUUAUAGCCAACACAUCUCCUAUUCUCCCUCGAUCUCACUCCCCAAUAUGUGGGAGUCCCAUCGACAGCCCUAGAACUUAUCAAAAUUUUAUGAAUUUUUCCUUUGCUCCUAUUAAGAGAAUCGUCGCUGGAUAUCGUGGAGAUGGACGACGUUGGUCCGUAGCAUCUCUUCCGUCAUCUGGGUAUGGUACUACCCCUGGCAGUUCAAAUAUUUCUUCAAAGUGUUCUAGUCAAGAGAGGCUUCAUCAAUUACCCCAUAUCCCAACUUAUGAAGAUAUUAAAAUGCUCACCCAUCAUUUCUCUAGCAAUGAGAGUAAUCCGUCUUUACCUGGGAGCAGUUUUGAUGAUACCUCUAUUAGCCAUAAAUCUCCUUUGCACAGACCAAGGUCUAGAAGUCUUAGCAGCCCUAGUAGAUCUCCAGUAAUUGACAACGAAAUAUGUAUGAUGAACGUCUUGUAUAAAGAAAGAUUUCCGAAAGCGACUCAACAGAUGGAAGAAAGGUUAAAUAAUUAUAUCGAAGAAAAUAAAACUUUCGAUUUUGGUGAAGAUUGCGAUUACCUGCCAAUAGUCCGAUUCGUACAUCAUCAGGUUCUAGAAAUGGCUAGGGACUGUCUUCAUAAGUCCCAACAUAAGCUGAUCACUAGUCGCUACUUUUACGAAAUGUCUGAGAAUUUAGAAAGGUUACUUACCGAGACUAAAGAGAAAUCUGAUGAUGCUGCAUCCAUGGUAACAGGGUUUAUCAAAAAACUUCUCCUAAUUAUCUCCAGACCUGCUCGCCUUUUAGAAUGUCUUGAAUUUGAUCCUGAAGAGUUUUACCAUUUUCUCGAAGUCGCCGAGGGUCAGGUGAAAGGAAUCCAAGGAGUUAAGGCUGAUAUACCUCAGUAUAUUAUUCAAAAGCUCGGCUUAAAUAGAGAUCCGAUAGCCGAAUUGCAACAGGAACUAAAAGACUACAACUGGUCUAAUAAUUCUUCAAGAUCUUCUCUCUGUUUACCUACUUCCACGCCCACAGCUAAAAAGAACUUGAAUAAUCCCAACGAACAGGAUUUUGAAGUUGCAAAAUUAAUAUCUAAUGGUGCUUAUGGAGCAGUUUACCUAGUCAAACAUAAGCAAACAAGACAAAGGUUUGCUAUGAAAAAAAUUAAUAAAAAUAAUUUAAUGCUGCGCAACCAAGUGGAGCAAGUCUUCGCUGAACGAGAUAUAUUAAGUUUUGCAGAUAAUCCCUUUGUUGUUAGUAUGUACUGCAGUUUUGAAACCAAGAAACAUUUAUGUUUAGUAAUGGAGUAUGUUGAAGGGGGAGAUUGUGCAAGUUUAUUAAAAAAUAUUGGUCCUUUGCCUCCGGAUAUGGCUAGGUUUUAUUUUGCCGAGACUGUACUCGCUGUAGAAUAUCUUCAUUCUUACGGAAUCGUCCAUAGAGACCUUAAACCUGAUAACUUGUUAAUUACUGCACUAGGUCAUAUAAAAUUGACAGAUUUUGGACUUAGUAAAAUGGGUCUUAUGUCAUUGGCAACAAACCUCUACGAGGGGUACAUAGAUACCGAAGCAAAGUUUUCGGAUAAGCAGGUUUUUGGAACUCCCGAGUAUAUUGCUCCGGAGGUAAUUCUUAGACAGGGUUAUGGCAAGCCAGUGGAUUGGUGGUCUAUGGGAAUCAUUUUAUACGAGUUUCUCAUUGGUUGCGUUCCAUUUUUUGGAGAUACCCCCGAGGAGUUAUUUGCACACACAGUUCAAGACGACAUAGAAUGGCCCGAAACUCAAGACUGGUCAGUACAAGAAGAGGCUAAAAAUCUUAUAACGGCUCUCCUGCAGCAUUCUGCAAGAGAUAGACUGGGUACUGGUGGUGCCCAUGAAGUUAAGGAGCAUACUUAUUUUCAUGGAUUGGAUUGGAAUUCCUUGUUAAGGCAAAAAGCAGAAUUCGUUCCUCAGUUGGAGCAUGAUGAAGAUACUAGCUAUUUUGAUAGUCGCAUGGAUAGAUACAGUCAUGAGAUUGAAGACGAUACUGAUGAUACCGAUGAUUCUCCAGUGUUUGGAUUAUUUUCUUCAUGCUCUCCUCAAUAUAGGAAAACACAUCCAUCAAAACUAAGUCUUACAUUAGAUUCAACUAAUAAUAAGUCUGCUUCAUCUACAGACAAUACAUCUGAUCCAUCUAUAGCCGAAUCUAAGCCGAAGUUAAAGAGUUCUAUUAGCGGGAUUUCAACGGCAUCACAUGAACUUGUUAGCUUAUCUAAACCGGAGACUAGAAAGAUUUCUUUAGAUCUCUCACUUUGCACCAUCACGACACCAGAAUCCUCUCAAACUGAUAGUGAUGACGUAUCUCCUCAGAUUCCUCGUAGAAGAAGAGCGGGUCAUGGGCGUGACAUCUUACCUAAAUUUUCAAUAUCCGUCGAAGACGAGCAAAAUUUCCUAGGAGGGGGUAAUUCUUCCUCUGAAAAUAGAGAAUCGUCUCCUUUAAGAAGGGUUCCACUGCCUACAUCUUCUCCUGGCAAACACAAAUCUAGAUCGGUUGUUAAAAGUGCUUCCGCUUCUGGAUUAUCCUUAAUGAUUCCGUCAGAUGACUUCCAAACACCAACAUGUAGUAUUCACUCUCCUAGUGGUGGAGGCGGAUCAAGUACUGCCAGUUCUCGCGAUGCGUCUCCUUGUCGUGAAUUGUCUCCUUUAGUUACAAGUCUUAAACCUCCUGUCAUUAUCCGACGUGGUCCUAAAGGUUUUGGUUUUACUGUACAUACUAUCAGAGUUUACUAUGGAGAUACGGAUAUAUAUACAAUGCAUCAUUUAGUCAUGGCAGUAGACGAGGGAAGUCCUGCAUUCGAAGCGGGCCUUCGUCCAGCAGACUUGAUCACUCAUAUUAAUGGAGAAGCUGUUCAAGGGUUGUACCACACUCAGGUGCUUCAGCUGCUUUUAGGAGGUGCUGAACACGUUAGCCUUAGGGCAACACCAUUAGACCAAACAUCCAUCAAAACUGGAGGAAGGAAAAGGGAGCCAGGCCAAAGCAAGUUGGCCAAAAGAAGUUUGCACAGACAGAAAAAGCAAAAAAGAGAGGGGGAUAAAAAGAGAAAAAAUUCUUUAUUUAGGAGAAUAAGCUCUAAAAGAGCUAGCGUUGAAAUGCAACAGUUGGCGGCAAAUAUUCAGUCUCCAGUUACCGUAACGCCAAGCAGAAGCUUCCAAUCAUUUCCCCGCACUGAUUCAAGUUUUCCUACUAGCACUGUCAGAGGCGUAGGAACAAAUAGAUCCAGCCUUUCACCUUCUGAUUCAUUCAGUCAGCAUUCAGGAAAUUCAACUCCUGUAUCAACAUCCUCAAGUACUACAUCUCCUACAUCAGGAGGGAAUGGAAGAAAUAGUAAACAACAUUACCAAAGGCCUUCUACUUUGCAUGGCUUGAAGCAUAAGCUGCACUCUAGUGGAUGUCCGAAAACAUUGCACGCUACUGGACCUACUUGUGCUUCAGCUGUUCCUAAUAGGAGAAAGUCCGUGGGGCAUAUUCCUUUGUCUCCACUUGCUAGGACUCCUUCUCCAUCUCCUUUGCCUGCAUCUCCUACGAGAUCUCCUAGCCCAUUAGCUUUUCCCAUUGGACAUCAACCAGGAAGCUCUAAUACAACCCAAUCGUAUAGCCCAAGUGCGGGUUCUGCUCCAAUCACAGUAACUGCGCAAUCGAAAAAGAACUUUGUUCGUCCUAAAGGUUCAGAGCCAGGAUCGCCACUUUUGAGACGAGCUUUAUCUCCCGAUCGCUUACAUCCCAGAAGCGCUGAAAGUAAAUGUUCAAUAUCUCCGCUUUGUUCGGUAGGAACUGUCACUCCCUCUACUAAAAGUCAAAACAGAAGCGGAAAUUCCUCGGUAUGGAGGCCAGGAAGUUCAAUUGAAAAGGAAAAAGAUGGAGGCGAAGGUGAAUUGCAGCAGAAUAUUGAACCUACAACUGUUGUUAAUGUUUCCGAAAACCGUCUAUCUUUGACGUUGCCAGGACCUGGGGAAUUUCUUCCAAGAAUCGCCGAGGAAAAAGAUUCUCCUACAGGAGCACAAGAAAAUAAAGAUAGAAAUCAAGAGUUAAGAGAGCAAAAUCCGGACCGGAAUUUUCCUUUGGAAAAUAUUUCGCCUUAUGGGUUGAAGAUCACGCAAGAUUCGAAAAAAGAAGGCAAAUUUAAAGAAACUUACGUAAUAAACAAAGAACUAAAGAGUGAAAAAGAAGAGGCUCGCCCGGAAAAUGAUCUUAUUGAAAUUGAAGGAAUAAAAGACAAAAAAACUUCAACAUUUGAAAUAGCCAAGGAAAAUCUAAGAAUGGCUGAAGUUUUAGAAAAAUCUAAAAGCACCAAGUUGCCUGAACAAAGCACUGAAUGUUCUGCUGCUGAAAAUUCAUCGAAUCAGUGCCAAGGUAGGUUGGUACAAAGUACAUUAGUUAAUAAAACCUUUAAUAAAAUGGAAGGAAUUGCGGCCUCUUCAAUUAAAGCUGAGCAACAAAGAGAUAAAAAAGAAAAGGAUUUAGAAAGAAAAGAAAAAGUUAAAGAAACAAAAAAGAGUGAAAAAUUGGUUGACUCGUCCGUCUCAUCAAAGACAAAGAAAGAAUAUAAGUGUAGUAAAGAAAAAGGCUGCAAAGCAGAUGAAAAGGAAAAAAGUAAAAAUUCAAAAAAAUAAUUUUGUUGGUUGGAUUUGGUAAAUAGUGUUUAAUGUUGUUUGUCUGCAUAACGUGGAAGCCGUUAAAGAGCAAAAUUUUAAUUUAUUUUUAAUUUUUAAGACUGAGUUUUUAUUCUAUUAUUUACCAGUCUGUUACAUUUCAGUAAUUAUUUUUGUUGCUUUUGGAUACAAUCGCACGAUUUUAAAGUACAUUAUUUACUUGUUAUGUUUUACAUCGAUAUUUUGCAUGCUCUUUAACUCAUUUUGUUAUUAUUAUCGAAUAUUUUUGUGGUACUUUAAAUUUUAGAAAUGAAAUGUUAUCAUUGAUUGGUUUGAUGUAAUCCACUUUAAGUGUUUAUUUAAUAUGAAUAAUUCUGAUGUGAUGUUAGAUAUAAAAUUUUAAAAUAUCGGUAAGAGUUAGGCGUCUUUUUACUUUCACAAGAAGGCUAUUUAUCAGCCAUAUUUAUUUAUUGUACAUACUUUUAUGCUUACGGAUGGAGCUAAAAAAAACAAGGUGAUUUUUUCUGGUUGUAUUAUCAUAAUUAUAUUAGUUAUGUCGGAUCAGUAUUAUUAGUUUCCUCGCCAGGAACAAGAUAUUUUUUUCAAGCUUAAAUAUAUAGAAAUCAAGAAAGGGGAAGCUUCAGUCCGUAAUCAAAAUAACUUCCUUCUGCUUGUAGAAUUGUUGUGUAGAUUAAGUUAUUACAUCAACUAGAAAAAUAUUGUUUGUUGGACCUAACGACUCUACGUAGUGGAAUUUCUUGGCGUUUUGCCAGUACACGUGGUUUCUUAGACGUGCUAGCAUCUCGAAUAUAGAAAACAGAUUGAUACUUUUUUGUUAACGAAAAUGUUGUGAUCUCUUUGCACCACUGCCGAUUUAUCCAUUUAGUUCAAUUCGGUGCUCCCAUAUCUUAGAAUUCAAGGAUAUCUUUGUUGCUCUAGACGUGUUUUACUACAGGAGCAUGGUAUCCUAUACUAUAUUUUAGCAUAUAGUUGCUUCUUGUGACUUAAGUAAUCCUAGGAAACUUAAAUUUGUCGUUUCUAUUAAGUAAUGUCAUUUGGUUUUUCUUCUCUUCUUCUAUCGUUUAAUUCCUUUUAUACACGACUUUUUCACAGUAUCUUUGGUUGAAAAAAUUUAGUAAUGUUUUCGCUUCGUAGUUUUGAUUUAUUUUCGAGAAAAAAUAUCUUUUUAUUAUUAUUAUUUAUCUUAGUUUUUAUCACAAAAGUAAUUUAAAACUUAAUUAACCACGGGAUAUUUGAUACAAAUAAUCUUAAAAAAUAUAAUUUUAUUUGUUACCUAUGUAUCUUAGUUACAGUAAAGUUUAUACGACGGUUUUAAGUAGGAAGAUCGCAGUUUUUUUUUUAAAGAUUUGUCAUUGAUUCAAAAAAUUUUAUCAUGGAAAAAAUUCGAUAAUUCAUAACUGUAUCUAUCAAAACCACAUUUGCAUAUUAUUGCAAAAAAAGUAUUGAGUAAUUAUGUUUUUUUUGAGAUCAUUAAAGAAAAUAUUGAUCCUUCCCCUUGCAACACACUAUAACAUUGUGUCUGACUCCACCAUCACUUAGAACAAUAUAAUGAUUUUCAUCUCCGAUCUUGUUUUUGCUGGUUCCAUCCAAAUGUGUUAGUAUUUUAAAUUGGAAAGUAUGUUUUGGAAAUAAAAUACGGGAUCUCUUUGGGUCAAAUUCAACCUGAUAUAAUUUUUUUAUGAAUUUACUUUUAAAUUGAUUUUUAACAUAAUAUCUAAGAUAGAUAGAUCAAUCUACCCCAGUUUUAUUUUUUUUAGGAUAAAAAAGUUAAACAUUUUAGUUGCAGUUUUUAUAUAAAUAUUUUAUUUAUGUGGUGUAUGGUACCUUUCCUGAGGAUAAUAGCGUCUUUUCAGUUCUAGAGUGUGGUUAUGAUAUGUGUGUAUGAUAAUAUAGUAAAAACCAAAGAGAACGUCCAUUUUUUUCUUUAUUUUUUUAAGGUAUUUUUAACCACAUAAAAGUGACAAAACAUGUUAGCGUAUUUUUUCUUAGAGAAUAGAGGAAACGCGAAGUUUUACUUUUAUUCCUGCAUGAUUAUUGUGUGUAAAUUUAACAAUAUAGGUUCUACAGUUAUGUAAAACAUGGUACAAAUUUUUUAUUUAACCAAUUAAAUUUUUUAACGGAUGAAGUACUGGGCCUAGUUAUAAAAAUUCUUUCUGUUCGUCAUAAUAUGCCAAGCAUGCGUUCUUAAUUUUAUAAGAAAUUCGAUUUUUUUGGAUACCAAAAAUUAGAGGUAUAGAGGAAUUUGCCACUUUUUGUAUACGUUUAAAUACGUACCAUUCAAAAUUUGAAGAAUUCUAAAUUUCUGUUCUUUUUUGUUGUGUUAAUAGAAGUCAAUUUUCGAGAUUAGCCCAUUCUCCAAGGAAAAAUAGGCUAACCUGUAUCUUGCAGUCGUACCACUACUUGAAUUAGUUCUGCUACUACCAGCUAUAUGUCCUUAAUGGAUUGAAAAAAAAACAUUUAUGGGUAAAUUAGUUUCUAUGUUAUUGCGUGUAUGUGUAAAAACAAACAUAAAUAUAAUAAUUUGACAAUUUAUUAACAUAUUUUAGGAUGAAAAAAUUCUGAUAACGCAAAAUAUGCCGUAAAUAAUUAUUCCAGAUGCACCACCAUUGAUGAAAUAUUUUUUUAUCUUUUUUACUACUCUGAAUGGAUUUCGAUUCUGGUUGGUUCAUUUCUUUUACUCUCCAAACGGUUAAAGAAAAUAUUUCAAAAAAUCUGCACAAAGUUUGAAUUUGACCCAAAAAUAUUAAAGGUCCCGAUUUGUAUUAGAUGCAGUUUUGAAUUGACAAAAUCACACUCGCCAAGAAUUAACUUUAUUUACUAUAUUUAAUAAGUUUCAUCAUGUUUAUGAUAGUUAUGUUUAUGAUUUUAUAAUUUUAUUUUUUUUUUAGUUUUACAUACAACAGGUAUUAUUAGUUAUUGUUUGGUCAUUAUUAAAAUCCGCAAAUCAAAAAAAAAUCGCUACCUACAUAUUUUCUGUGGCCAGAUAAUAAAAGGUUAUACUUGUAUUAGGUCUUAUUAUAUAUAUUCUCUGCAUACUUGACCUGAAUAUUUCGAUCUCAUAUUUAAACUUAUCCUAAAAUAUUUAACCUUUCUUCCUUUAUAACAAAUGUAUUUAUUUAUUUUUUGUAACCCAUAGGUGUAUCUUACUAAGGCAAAAGUAAUCAUUACUGUCAUUUAUAUAUCCGAUUAAUUAAAUAAAUAUCAGCGUUAAAACACGAUACACGAAAACACGGUAUGUCAUCGCGCAUACCUAAUGCAUUUGCUGAUUAGCGUAACGUCACGUGUGUAACAGAAUAAUAUGCCAUCACACUAGAUGCGGAUAAGAAUUUAUUUUAUUUGCUAUUAUGUUAUAUGGGGAGCAAAAUAUUAUAUUUUGAGUUUUAUUUUUUUUUUAUUGAAUAGGCGGAAAAUUCCGAAUAUAAAAAUAUAAUAAAUAUUUUUUUUAGCUUUAGUAAAUAUUUACAAUUUACGUUCCAAUCGUUUUUUUAAUAUUUAAGUGGCUAAUGGCAAAUUUAAUGUUGGCAAGGCGUCUUUUUUUUAAUUCUAGUAUUCUUUGGGAUAUAAUUCAGUAAGCGCUGUCUUAAAGGGAGUUCGAAACUAGGAGUUAUUCAGGGGGCAAACUUGUAAUAUUAAUUGAAAGUAUAAUACGAGGUGGUAACUACUCAAAACAAUUGCGUACAUCAAAUUAUAAACAUUAUACAGUCAUAAAAAUCAUAGCAAAUGUGUACAUCAAAACAAACACUAAAUUAGUAGUGCGCAGAACGAAAAUAUCUACUCAAGCCGCUGACAUAACGUGUUUUCGUGUAUCGUGCGUUAAAAUAGAAAGCAAACCAUUUGUUGUGCGUAUCAUGUUUGCAAAUGUAUAGCAUUGAGAUGUGAUUAAAUAUGUGAUGUAUUUUAAAAAAUAUAGAUGCUAUAAGUCGAAACAGUAAUGCAUAAUCUUUAAUAAUGUCAUGAUGGACAUUUACUUGAGUUUCUUAACGUCUACCAAAAAAGUUUGAUAACAUAUCAGUUAAAAAUUUGAAUUGGUGAACUUACCCUGGGGCGAGUCGCCUUCAAAAGAAAGAACAACAUAUUUUCUACAUGUCUGUGUGUGGGGAAAUCUUCAUGAAGUUCUUCUGGCCUCAUCCCGAGAUAGUCUCUGAAAGUUUGAUUAUUACGCACAAACCAGGGAGUGUUGCGGCGGUCUUUAUCAAGCGGUUCUCCCAUUUGCCCUAUACUAUACAGGGGGCUACGAGCCCCUACACUAAGAAUACAAAGGAGAAAUAUGAGUGCUUCGGCCCGAUGACCUUUAUUAGUGAGAGUCCUUAAAUCCUCGGGCGGGUCCGGGAUAUAGUGGCUUGAAUAAUACUUUCCAGGUCACUUGUAGCUUUUUUCAUGUCAUUGUCACACUCUAUCCAUUUGCCGGAGCCGGGAUCGAAAACAAAACCAAUGAGAGAUCUCCGAAGUACCGAGAUAUUUCAUUGGUUUUUGUCUUGAUCAUCGCGGUCUAGCAAAAGGUGUUUGCUUCCUGUAAAUCACUUGCAAUUGCGCAGCUUACCCUUGAUUAUCUCUGCUUGGUGGCGGGAGUUUUGGUUAGUGGUAAAACUGUCUCGUAAUUUGAGCAUCACACCAAAGGUUCCAACCAUAGGACUAUGUAGGUGAUUGUACAAAUUAAGUGUUAGAUGCUGAAUUUCAGAAUUCAUUAAAUAAUUCUAUGUACCUUAACAUCAAUUACUACUUACUCUAUUGUGAAAUCAUUUAAAUAAAGAUGAUUGACAAAAACUAAUGACAUUUGAAAAAAUUAUACAAUAUACAGCACUUAAUCACAUCUCAAGCUUUUUUCAUUUUAACGUGUAGUUCUGUAAGUGGGUGUACAGGGUGGUGCCCUAAGCUGUGGCUCUGGCAGUAAUAGGCAUCGUAUGGCACUAGACUAAACUAGUUGGAAACGACAAAAUCGUUGGAAUUUCCGAAUUAAAAAAAUAUUUCUAUGUAAAAAAAUCUUAUUGUAAAGACUAAUUUAAAAACGAAAAAAAAUAUGUUUUAAAAAAAGUUAAAAAAAAGCUGUGAAAACUAAUCACUACGCCUUUUAAAAAUUAAAAUGAGGUUACUGUACCUAAUAAUAAAGCUCACUAUUUAUUGUUUUGUAGAAAUUUAUUAACGUAAGGUUUCCUACAUCAAAAUCCAUAAGUUUUUAAAUGCUGUCUUACAUAAUUGCAAAAUAGUUUGUUACUAAAAUCAAUGUUGGAAAGAAUAUUAGUUCUUAUAUUCGUAUUAGGCACACAUGUAUUUUUUUAAUAAUACGUGUCAAGUAUAUUAAAAUACGAAAUUUCGUCUUCUCAGUAACACUUCACUUUAAGUCAUAAAAUUAUCAUUCAAGAACCCUUAUUUCUGGUGGUUGUACUAAAUUUUUCUCAAAUUUUCUUUAAUUGUUAAGAUUCCUUUUCGGCAUUAAAAUUGCAAUAAACAAUAAAUACCGAUAAAUAUAUUACUUAAACUAAAGUUUUUUACACUUUAUUUCUUUGAUGUUUCCAAUUUGAAAAGUUUGUAAAUACUUGUAAAACGAUGGAAAUUAGCUAUAAAAAUUCUUACUAAAAAAAUUAGGUUUCUUUCUAUCCUUAAAUAAUUCUAAAAUACUAACAAAUUAUUUUUAAUAUGCAGCUCUGUCUUCAUUUUUCUCUGGCAAUACUUCGUUAUGGCUAGGUCUCCCUGUACACAUCACAAUUUUGGCUCAUAUUAUCACUUUAAUAUAUUGUGUAGAUUAUAUUUUUAUCUAUUUUAUACAUUUCUAUAUAGUGUACAUAUAUAUUUUACACUUUUAAGAAUUUUAUUUUUAUGGAUAAUACCAGCGAAGAAUGUUCUUUUUUUUAAUUUUGCAUGUAUAUACAUUUUAAACAACCUUAUACAAAAUAUUUCAGAGUUGAUGUGAAACUCAUUUUUGUUUCGUUCGCAGAAAAAAUGUCUCGUAUUUUUUUUUGUAACCUAGCAUUAUGACGUUUUCAACAAAUUCGACGGCCAAAAUGUUUUUAAGGCAAACAUGCAUGAAAUGUCGUUGGAAUUUUAUCACUGCAAUUCUAAACCCCUGUUUAGAAUUGCAAUGUUCUACGCUCUUACGUAAGAUGCACCCUUUUUUACAAUAGUUUUUUUUAGUUCUGGCUGUACUUAUUACAUAGUAAGUAAUGGUUUUAACAUAGUUUAACAAUGUGAUUCUAAGAUUUUGUAAUUUAAAAAAUCUGUUAUUGUCAAAAAAUAUAUAGUAUUUGAAUUAAAUUAAAAUCCUUUAAAAGUA